AUGUCCGAAAACAACAAGGAUAAAGACUUCGGUGUUCCCCGUGUCUUCCUCUACCGUCACGGCCAAACGGAAUGGACUAAGAACGGCCGGUACACUGGUGCCACCGAGCUUGAACUCACCCCAUAUGGAGAGAACCAAGUCAAGGCAUCCGGCAAGAUGAUCGUCGGGCCAGGAAGACUGAUUGACCCAUCCAGGCUGGCACAUGUGUACAUCAGUCCUCGCAAGCGCGCACUUCAGACCUUCGAGAUUGCAUUCUCCGAUGCCGACAGGCAGGCUCUCAAGGAAGCAAAGAAGGUCACUGAGACCGAGAGACUGACUGAAUGGGAUUAUGGUCUGUAUGAAGGUAGCGUGACCUCGAAAAUUCGCGCAUUGAGAAAGGAGCACGGUCUCGAUACCGAGCGGGAAUGGGAUAUUUGGAGAGAUGGAUGCGAGGGUGGCGAGUCUGCACAACAAGUCGCUGAUCGCAUUGAUGACCUCAUUCGAGAGAUUCGUGAGGCUCACAAGGAUAACAUGCACGGAGAGAAACCCUCCGACAUCGUUCUUGUUGCUCACGGUCAUUUGCUCCGUGCCUUUACCAAGCGCUGGCUGGGGUAUCCUAUGGAAUUCCCCCUUUCGCUCAUGCUUGAUCCUGGCGGUGUUGGUGUUCUUAGCUACCAACAUCAUAGCAUUGAUGAGCCCGCUUUGGUGGUUGGCUGUGGAUAUCCCGUUCAGGAAUAA